UGGAUUUUUCUCCCUAUAGACUAGGGACCAUCGCUCCCUCCACACCCACAAGACAGAGAAAGAGAGUGCGUUUUUACUCAUUACCCUUGCCUCCUUUGCCCCCAUUGGUAAUCAUCAUUUCUAUCACACACUCUGACUGUGUUUUUUUUACUCGAUUCAUUAAAAAAUUUAUGUAUAUAUACGCUUCCAAUCGCAUUGCACUUGAAAACUGAACAACUGAAACCACGCAUAUAUGGCGAUGGCGUGCAUGAAGUUAGGAUCUAAAUCAGAGGUUUUUCAUCUCGAUCAGGACGAAAAAACCUGGACAUGUUCUUCUGGCCUUCCGAGUGAUGUUACCAUUGAAGUUGGAGACAUUUCAUUCCAUCUUCACAAGUUUCCGUUAUUAUCUAGAAGCAAAACAUUGGAAAAUCUCAUUGGAGAUUCUUCGGAUGAUGAAAAAAAGAUUAGCUUUGGGGAUGAAAAACGAUCUUGUGUUGUUAAACUUCAUGAUCUACCAGGAGGCCCAAAAAGCUUUCUCCUCGUUGCUAAAUUCUGCUAUGGUGUCAAACUAGAACUUAACUCAAACAAUGUAGUUCAUCUUCGUUGUGCAUCCGAGUAUCUUCAAAUGACCGAAGAAUAUGGAGAUGAAAAUCUCAUCAGUCAAACCGAAAACUUCCUUAAUGAAAUUUUUGAUAACUGGAACGAUACCCUAAAAGCACUGGAAUCAUGUGAAGAAGUGGUGGAAUAUGCAGAGGAUCUUCAAAUUGUUUCAAGAUGCAUCGAUUCUCUUGCAUUGAAAGCUUGUUCUUCAGAUAAAGAUUUAUUAGGGUGGCCAGUUUCAAGCAUGAGAGAAAACCCUUUUGCUACUGUAAUCUGGAAUGGAAUCCAAACCAGUUCUUCACCAAAUCAAGAUUGGUGGUAUGAAGAUGUUUCAGGGUUGAAAUUACCUCUUUACAGACGAUUCAUCUUAGCCAUUGAAUCAACAAGUUUGGAUCAAGAAAGGAUAGCUGGAUCACUCAUGUUCUAUGCAAAAAAGCAUCUUCCUUUACUUGGUAGACAAUCGAUGAUUCCAAAUGUGAAUCUUUCUUCUUUUUUCGAUUCAUAUUUGGAUCAAAAGACUCUUCUUGAAGAGAUAGUUGACUUGCUCCCGAGUCAAAAAGGUGUUGUUCCCACGAAACUCCUCCUCAGGCUGCUAAAAACAGCGAUGAUUUUACAUUGUAGCCCUUUGUGCCUUGAGAAUUUGGAAAGACGGGUCGGGUUGCAGAUGGAUCAAGCUUCCAUUGAAGAUAUUCUCAUUCCUAAUAUGGGGUAUUCAAGUGAGACACUUUAUGAGAUCGAUUGUGUUCAAAGGAUGCUUGAUCAUUUCAUGGUUGCAGAUCGAGAUCGCGAUCAAGAUGGAAGUGAAAUUACUGGUUCGGGUUGCUUAGAAGACAAUGAUGAUGAUUUAAUCAGGAAUUCUCACUCGCUUACACCCGUGACGAUGGUGGCUAAUCUCAUCGACAACUAUCUUGCUGAGGUGGCAUCCGAUGUUAACUUAAAGCUCGAAAAGUUUCAAUCUUUGGCUGCUACUGUCCCUGAUUUUGCAAGGUCAAUCGAUGACGGAAUGUAUCGAGCAAUAGAUAUAUAUCUCAAGGCACAUCCAUGGCUGACAGAUUCCGACCGGGAGCUACUCUGCCGGUUGAUGGACUGCCAGAAACUGUCACUAGAAGCCAGCACACACGCCGCCCAGAAUGAGAGAUUGCCGCUCCGUUUCAUAGUUCAGGUUCUCUUCUUCGAGCAGCUCCGGCUGCGGACAUCUGUCGCCGGCUGCUUAUAUGUCUCUGACAACUACAAUUCACAGACACACCUGAGCAGCAGCAUGGUGCUGCCGGAAAGUGGGAACGUGCAUCUUUUGACCACCGGAGGAAGCGAUCGGCGGGUCGUGGCGGUGGAUGACAUGCGGGGCCGUGUUUCUGAGCUUGAAAAAGAGUGUUUGAGCAUGAAGAAAGAGAUCGAUAAGAUUGUGAAGAGUAAAGGGAUAAGUUGGAAUAGUUUGUGCAAGAUGUUUGGGGUCGGUUUAAGGUUAAAAUCGAAGUCUCGUGAUCGGGGUGCCAAAAAUGUGUCGCCAGCAUCAAGAAUAAAAGAAAAUAAUCAAAAUGAAGAAAAUGGGAAUUGAAUCGAGUUGAGUGAUUGAGGGAGAUUAUUAGAAGGGGAAUUAGGUUGAGGAUUAAAUAAAUGGUAGGGAUAUUUUUUGUAAUUAAGGUGUCGAUCUUGAACCAUUUUUAAAUAUUGGUUCUUGAUUUCUCUGGUUUGUCCAGAAAAUUACCCCAAACGUAAAAUUUUGUCGGUAUAUUAUUUCUGCCAA